AAGCAGCGGAACUAAGUUGUGUUUAGUGAAACAGUGGGAGUUUGUUGCUUUGGGGUAAAAUGGUGUAAGGCUGUGAUUUAUGACGUGUUUUUUACGUCGACAUUUCUCGACAGUGGAAUUUUUGAAAGAGGGAGACCAGCGAUCUUGCAUACGCAGUCUAAACAUUCAAGAUCCAUAGACCACCUGUCAUCUGGGUGAGACCUGGAUCCUGCCCAACUUCAAAUAUUUCUGUUGAAGUCAUGAAUAACGUCAACAUCACCCGAGAUAUCUUGCAUAGGCAGAUCCAGGAAAAGAGAACAUCAGAGUUCCAAAGGUCCUUCCAUGUGACCGACCCCUUCAUCAAGAGACUUGGCCUGGAGGCCGAGCUUCAGGGCCACACGGGCUGUGUGAACUGUUUGGAAUGGAAUGAAAAUGGAGAUCUGCUGGCUUCGGGCUCGGAUGACCAACAUGCUAUUAUCUGGGAUCCCUUCAAACUCAAGAAGCUUACAACUAUGCACACAGGCCAUUCGGCAAAUAUAUUCUCUGUUAAGUUCCUCCCUCACUCCGGAGACAGAAUUUUGCUCACUGGUGCUGCGGACUCGAAGGUCCACGUGCAUGACCUGACGGUGAAGGAAACCAUCCAUAUGUUUUCGGAUCACACCAACAGGGUCAAACGCAUCGCCACAGCGCCCAUGUGGCCCAACACCUUCUGGAGCGCUGCAGAAGAUGGCAUCAUCAGACAAUACGACUUACGGGAGAGCGGAAAACACUCCCAGGUGCUGAUCGACCUAACAAAGUUGUGUAGUCAGCUGGUGGAGGCCAAAUGUUUGGCUAUCAAUCCACGCGACAACAAUUACAUGGCCGUAGGGGCCAACGGUCCCUACGUACGUCUCUAUGACAUUCGGAUGAUUCACAACAGUAGCAGAAAAUCUGUCAAUCAAUGGAAGUCAUCUGCUGUGCGCACGUUCCUCGAAAGUCAUAUGCCCGUCCCGGACACGGCUGUGCAGUAUUACGUCGCAGGUCACCUGCCAGUGAAAUUAAUGGACUAUUUUAACCGCUUGAGGGUCUUUGUGGUCACUUAUGUCACUUUCAGUCCAGAUGGAACUGAGUUACUUGUCAACAUGGGCGGAGAACAGGUGUAUUUGUUUGACUUAACACACAAACAAAAGCCAUACACAUUGCUGCUUCCACAAAAGUGCCAGUCAUCACCCGAUGUGCAAAUUGGAAAGACAACGAACGGCGUCUCCAAUGGAAUUCGUUUGCCUGCCAUCCAUAUUCCAUUCACCCAAAGCAAGAUGCAACUUAGCUCCUCUGAUCUUCCUCCACAUUUGGAAAAGAUUAAGCAACAAGCAAAUGAUGCAUUUGCACGGCAGCAUUGGACGCAGGCCAUCCAACUGUAUAGUUUGGGAAUUCAUCAUUCUGACUGCAACGCCGUGCUCUACGGAAACCGGGCCGCGGCUUACAUGAAGCGGAAAUGGGAUGGAGACCACUAUGACGCACUGAAGGACUGCCUGAAGGCACUGACUCUAAACCCGGAACAUCUGAAGGCUCAUUUCAGGCUCGCGCGUUGUCUCUUUGAGCUCAAGUAUAUGUCUGAAGCGCUGCAGUGCCUUGACGAUUUCAAAGGGAAGUUUCCAGACCAAGCGCACAGCAGUGCUUGCGACGCACUGGAUAAAGAUAUCAAGGCCUUCUUCACAGAGACGGAAUCAGGCGGCGCGAGCUCUUUCCGAUUGCAGUCUACGAAUCAAAUGGAGCCCAUCACUAUGGAUGAGUUUGUUUUUCGAGAGCAGAGCUUGGACUACAAACACAGAUAUUGUGGUCACUGCAACACCACCACAGAUAUUAAAGAAGCCAACUUCUUCGGAAGUAAAGGCCAGUACAUUGUCAGCGGCUCAGACGACGGCUCGUUCUUUAUCUGGGAAAAGGAGACGACAAACCUGGUGCGUAUCAUGCAAGGGGACGAGUCCAUAGUCAACUGUUUGCAGCCUCACCCCAGCUACUGCUUCCUGGCCUCCAGCGGUAUUGACCCCGUGGUCCGAUUAUGGAACCCCAGACCAGAGACGGAGAGUGAAAAUGGACGCGUGGUUGAAGACAUGGAAGGCGCAGCUCAGGCCAACCAGCGGCGAAUGAACGCCGAUCCGCUGGAGGUUAUGCUGCUCAAUAUGGGCUAUCGCAUCACAGGACUACGUGGCGUGGGCCCAGAUGAUUCUGACGACGAGAACAGCUCAGACGGACAAGCGCAAUGUAGACCGAGCUAAAAGGAGCUGAUGGCUCUUCUGUAGAACGGAAAGUAGUAAAGCAAAGCGCUGUGCCCGUUUCUGUUUGAGCCCUAAUUUGCUGGAGUUUCACGUCACAUCUCAACACUAUGCAUUGCCCUCAUUCUGCGAGGAGGGCUGGUGGAGAUCUCUGCAGGGGGUGCAAGUCAUAUACGCGUGGAGAGGCGCUUGAUACUUUAGACACCUCGCUACAUCACUUCCCCCGUUUUGUCACAAAGAUGGACAAGUUCAGCACGUCUGGCCCAGAUGUCAGCGAGGUGCCCUAUGACCUUUUUUCGGGUCAGCGUGACCCUGCGAGUGGCAGUGACCCUCUUGGGGUUCAUAUCAAAGUGCUUUGCUGCAUCUCUAGCAGUGUGCGCUCAUCUCAGCCUGUUUGGAGUCCUGACUUUACAGUCGGGGUUCGUGAAGCUUGCAAUUCAAUGUCACACUUCAUCUUAUGAACGCUGCAUGGUGCAAGGAUAUAUGGAUGAACUUUAUUUAGUUUACAAGUCUGGGAGAAUUUUUCCCUCUGCCAAAGUCCAUCAGUCCAAUGGCCAAGGAUUUGUGCUUGUUUAAUCCCGAAAGUGGGAGAUUUUCAUUCAACCAGAGACAGACUGGAAAAUAUCUGUUCAUUUUUCGUUUUUAUUCUUAAUUUCAAAUAGAACUUGGUGUGAAAAUAUUUUUUCUAAGUUAUACACAUACUAAAUUUUAAAAGAAAUAUACACCAAGUAUUCGAUGCUGUGUGUCGCUAGCACUCAUCCUUGGCUACUCGACACUUAGAUGUCGUAAACUGAAUAUAUGUUGAAGAAUGCAAAAGGAGGCUUCCGUGUGUUUUAUUUUGUUCACCGAUUUCUGUUGUUUUUCUUUGACGAAUCAUAAUGUUUGUUGAAAACUAAGAAACAAACUUUAAAUAAUAAAAUACCACAACACCUGCUUGUG